AUGUCUGUCAUUGGAAAUGGUCUUGUCAUCUUCAUUUUGCUUUGUCUAUUUAUCUCACAGACACUAACCGAAGAGGACUUUUACAAACUUCUUGGGGUAUCAAAGGACGCUGAUAAUCGAACAAUUCGGCGAGCCUUUAAAAAACUUGCUUUGCAAAAACAUCCUGAUAAAAAUCCGAACAAUAAAAAUGCGCAUGCAGAAUUCGUCCGACUUAACAGGGCGUAUGAGGUUCUUAUGGACGAAGAAUUGCGCAAAAAAUACGAUCAGUUCGGCGAAGAAGGUUUAAAGGAUGAUUUCCAUGGCGGCAAUCAGUAUCAGUCGUGGACUUUUUAUAGGGACAAUUUCGGUAUUUAUGAUGACGAUGCGGAAAUCGUAACGCUUUCUCGUGCUGACUUUCAACAAGCUGUUGUUGAUUCCGGCGAAAUUUGGUUUGUCAAUUUCUACUCCACCUACUGUUCGCACUGUCACCAACUGGCCCCAACAUGGCGCAAAUUUGCUCGGGAAAUGGAUGGAGUUCUUCGGAUAGGUGCAGUUAACUGUGCUGAAGAUCCAAUGUUAUGCCAGUCUCAAAAUGUGAUGGCCUAUCCGUCGUUGGUGAUUUAUCCCGAGAGAGUUUUCUUCAAUGGCCGAAGAGAAAUGGAUGAUUUAGUCGAAUUUGCAAUGAGUAGAAUCUCUACUGAUAUUCAUCACCUCAAAAAGUCAAAUUACAAAAAGAUGACUAUGGAAUGGGAAAAAUUGUCUGAGCGACCUUGGGUUGUUGAUUUCUGUGAUGAUCAUGGCGACUGCUUGUCGCAGUCGAACAGAAAGAAGUUGGCUGCUAUGCUGGCAGAAGUUGCUAAUGUUGCGACUGUCAAUUGUUUUGAAGGCGUCACGCGGGAUGAACUGUGCACUAUUUUGAAAAGAACUCAGGGAGUUGCUUACUACCCACCAAAGAAUAUGACUGUUGACAACGGCAAGGUGAGAACAUUUAAUGUUUUUUUUGCGGAACACAACUUUUUUAAUUUUUCGGGUUCCAAUUAUUACACUAAGACUGUAAGAACCGGUGUUUGUUCAGACUUAAAUGGUGUUUGCGAUGGGUUGUUCUUAGCAGAAUUACCAAAAUGGGUUAUGUUUAAACCUGCAGGCGGAUAUGAAAUCAAUUAUGGUAUGAAGUUGAUGUGUGCUCGUCUGAAUUUAUGUAAACGGAUUAGACUAGGAAAUCAGUAUUACAGCGGUCUUAAUAGAUAUGAAUUGCAGUGGUGCCCACCGUGCCAACGUCUUUUACAUGAACUUAGGAAACUUCACAAUUAUGUUCACGAUCUGAAAAUUGGGACAAUAGAUUGUGUUGCUCAUCCGCAAAUUUGCCAAGAAGCAGGCAUUGGAAGCUAUCCAGCAACAAUUUAUUACGAGAACAGAAAAACUCACUCAAGUCUUGGUUAUCACGAUGUCGGACUUUUUUGGAAUUAUCAUUGUUUUCUGCUAGAAUCACGCCAACAAGGCGAAACGUGGCUUGUUGACUUCUUUGCUCCUUGGUGUGGCCCUUGUCAGCAGCUAGCACCUGAAUAUCGUAGACUUGCACGAGAUGUUACGAGGUUAACAACAAACGUCUUCUUUGGAAGUGUUGACUGCGAUGCGUAUCGGGACUUUUGUACCCAAAAUCAAGUUUAUGCGUAUCCUACUGUCCGUCUUUAUCCUGCAAAUCCUCAUGACUAUCCAAACAACUGGUGGAGAGAUCAUGGUUCUAUGUACCGCUGGCUCACUGAAUAUUUGCCAUCUAAGGUGAAGACUUUGGGAAAUGACUUUUUCAAUCGCGUUUUGGAUGAUAAAAUACCUUGGCUGGUUGAUUUUUACGCACCUUGGUGUGGUCAUUGUAUUCAAUUUGCUCCUGUAUUUGAGACAGUGGCGGAAAUGCUUGAUGGCCGUGUCACACUUGGGAAGGUCAACUGUGAUCAGUGGCCAGGAGUUUGUCAAAGCGCUGUUAUUAGAGGUUAUCCUACAGUUCGUCUUUUUGUUGGAAGCAAGGACGGAUCACGACAAGAUAUUAAUGGGAUAGUAAUUCAGUCGCAUAAUGCAGAGGUUAUUGUAAAACUAGUUGAAGAACAAAUCGGUAAAGCGUCAAAAUCUUUACCAAAAACAGAGUUGUGA